GCAAGUUCAAGAUCAGAGCCGAGGAAGCUGCAGCGGAUUGGUGCCCUGCGAGACCAAGUGAUGAGGAUGGCGUCUUCAAGUCGACUUCUCGCCCGUGCUGCUGGCUAUGCGGGCCGGCGAUCAGGUGCGAGUCUUGUCCGUCCUACCGCCACGCCGAUCCGGUGCGCUACUGUUUCUCUGACUGCUGGCCGAGCAACUGCGUUACCGCCAAGCAGUCGAAAUCAGCAACGUCGAUUAUAUGCUGCAGUAGCGGCAGUGGCUUCCACUGCUUCAGAGUCGCCGAUAGCACAAGUUGCCCACUGUGGUGGCCACGAGCCGAUACCGCUCUCCGAUGCGGAUGUACGCCGACUGUUGCGGCAACGCAACGUCGGGAUCUCUGCGCACAUCGACUCAGGCAAGACCACUUUAACGGAGCGCGUCUUAUACUACACUGGGCGUAUCAAGGAGAUUCAUGAAGUGCGCGGCAAAGAUGCUGUCGGCGCCAAGAUGGACUCGAUGGAGCUGGAGAGGGAGAAAGGUAUCACCAUUCAAUCGGCCGCGACUUUCUGCAGCUGGAAGGCAACGCCGCCGACGCAGACAGCUUCCAUCUCUGGAGAUGUCGCAACCAUGGAAGCAGGUGCGGGGAAAACUAAAGAAGAAUUCAACAUUAACAUCAUCGACACUCCCGGCCAUGUUGACUUUACGAUCGAGGUUGAGCGUGCCUUGCGUGUGCUAGAUGGUGCUGUACUCGUUCUUUGUGCCGUCUCGGGCGUCCAGUCACAAACGAUCACCGUAGAUAGGCAAAUGCGAAGAUACUCGGUACCCAGGAUCUCCUUCAUCAACAAGAUGGACAGGCAAGGCUCCAACCCUUGGAGAGUCAUCAAUCAGAUUCGCACCAAGCUUCGCAUGCCGGCUGCAGCUGUGCAGCUCCCGAUCGGGUCGGAAGAAGCAUUUGAUGGUGUCAUUGACCUCGUCCGAUGGAAGGCUGUUUACAACGAGGGUGUCAAAGGCAACGAGAUCCGAGAGACAGAAGAUAUCCCUGCGGAUCUGCUAGAACUUGCCAAGGAGAAGCGUGCCGAGCUAAUUGAGCAGCUCGCCGAGAUUGACGAUGAAAUGACCGAGAUUUUCGUAGAGGAGCGCGAGCCCACGAUCGACGAGCUUGCUGCUGCGAUUCGCCGGUCCACUGUUGCAUGCAAGUUUUCCCCUGUCUUCAUGGGAUCCGCCAUCAAGAACAAGGGCGUCCAGGCCAUGCUCGACGGUGUCUGCAAUUAUCUACCCAACCCAGCUGAGGUACCCGCGACGGCUCUUGACAUGAGCCCUGCCGCCCAGCGUAAGACCGUGGAGGAAGCAGCUGAAGGAGGAGAGGAUGUGGCAGCUGGUAGGAACGUCUCCAAGUCCGAGCCUCCGACUGUAUCGCUGGCACCUGCAGCCGAAGCCCCUCUUGUCGGUCUAGCGUUCAAGCUGGAAGAAGGGCGUUACGGACAGCUGACCUACAUGCGUGUCUAUCAAGGUACUCUCCGCCGUGGCAACCUCAUUUUCAAUGCCCGCACUGGCAAGAAAGUUAAGGUGCCUCGCUUGGUGCGCAUGCACUCAAACGACAUGGAGGAUGUGGAAGCGGUCGGUCCAGGCGAGAUUUGCGCCAUGUUUGGUGUCGAAUGCUCCUCAGGCGACACAUUCACCGAUGGCACUACGACAUUGAGUAUGACCAGCAUGUACGUUCCAGAGCCGGUCAUCUCACUCGCCAUCCACCCGGAAGGCAAGGAGGCCUCGCAAAAUUUCUCGCGUGCGCUCAAUCGCUUCCAGAAGGAAGACCCGACAUUCCGCGUCCACAUUGACCCGGAGAGCAACGAGACUAUCAUUUCGGGCAUGGGCGAGCUCCAUCUGGAAAUCUAUGUGGAGCGCAUGCGCAGAGAGUACAAUGUACCAUGCACCACCGGCAAGCCUCGCGUCGCAUUCAGGGAGACUAUUUCUCAACGGGCCAACUUUGCUUACACGCACAAGAAGCAGAGUGGUGGUGCAGGUCAGUUUGGCCGAGUGAUGGGCUACAUCGAGCCUAUGAGCAUCGACGAAGAGACGGGCAAGGACGUCGCUUUCGAGAACCGCGUUGUUGGAGGCUCCAUCCCUAACGGAUACUUCCCAGCCUGCGAGAAAGGAUUCCUCGACGCUCUCGAGAAGGGGGCGCUGUCGGGCCACCCAGUCACCGGUGUCCGCUUCGUUCUGGAGGACGGUGCGGCGCACAGUGUCGAUUCUUCCGAACUCGCCUUCCGACUCGCCACUGCAGGCGCCUUCCGCGAAGCGUUCCAGAAGGCAACGCCUGUCAUCCUGGAGCCGCGCAUGUCUGUCGAAGUCACUGCGCCGACCGAGUUUCAAGGCGCUGUUAUCGGCGCGCUCAACCAGCGCAAGGGCACGAUCGAGGACACGGAUGUUCGGGAGGAAGAGUUCACACUCACCGCCGAGGUCAGCUUGAAUGACAUGUUUGGAUACUCCAGCCAACUGCGUGGCUUGACACAGGGCAAGGGAGAAUUCUCGAUGGAGUACAAACGCCACGAGCCCGUCAUGAUGAACAUUCAGAAGGAGCUGCAAGAGGCUUAUCGCAAGAAGCAAUUAGAGAAAAAGUAAAGCGCGCUCAAUCGGUGCACGCAAGCUCGAGCAUCUGUAAUCAUAGAGGUUCCUCCAUCGCAACUGAGUCGAUCCCCCGCCGUAGCAACUAUGCGAUUCGGAUGAGCUCUGUGGCUCGAAUGCUUGAAAUGACAAGCGCAAGGCAACCUCGAACCGAUACGUCGAGCGUUGGCAGGCAAGACGU